GUCGAAAGGUGCUAUGGGUUCACAAAAGAAUUCUUCAACUUCUAGUUUUUUGAAAACACUCUACAGAUUUAUGUUUAUUAUGUUCUUAGGAGAUAUUCUCGCGUCGGGCUGUUUGAUCACAAAUUGUCCCAGAGGUGGUAAAAGAUCUGGGAAGUUUGCCCUUUUGGAGAAGAGCAACAUCAAACAGUGCAUAGCAUGCGGUCCCGGGGGAACAGGUCAAUGUUUUGGUCCAUCAAUAUGUUGCGGACCUUUUGGGUGUCUGAUGGGAACCCCCGAAACCAUCAAAUGUCAUCGAGAUGGGUUCUUUCAUGAAAAAGACCCUUGCAUAGCUGGAUCAGCAAACUGUAGGAAAAAUACGGGCAGAUGUACCAUGGAUGGCAUAUGCUGCAGCCAAGAUGCGUGCCACAUAGACAAGCAGUGCUCCCUAGACGAGAAGAAGGUACUUGCAGAAAAUAUAUCUCCCAUUGAACUAAUGAACAUGCUAGGAUAUACUGGUGACAACGUUUUCGAAAAAUAAACCAACGACACCCUUUACAGAAAUACGUGACUAAGAAACAGAAUAGUUUAUUGUGUCUAAUAAAAUAGAUUAAAUAA